ACUGCGGGUCUCCGGGUCUGCAGACACAUGCUUUUCAAGCGGGAGUCUUCGUUUUAAACCGAAAGUAAAAAAGAAAAAAAAAGAAAAAAAGUUUGCGCCAUUUUAUGCAUGAAGUCGGUGGUGUAUCCACAGCAGACGGUGAAAAGUAAACAGACAUGGUGGUUCCACAGCUGCUCUUAGAAACUCUGGAGGACAUGCUCGAAGAUGACUUCAAAAAAUUUAAGUGGCACCUCACAUAUAAGUUCUCGGACCGCUAUCAACCAAUUCCAAAGGCCCAUGUAGAACCUUCAACUCGGAUUGACGUCAUAACUAAAAUGAUAGAACGCUACGGUGAAGAGGAGGCUGUGCAAAUCACCGAAGACAUCCUGAAGAUGAUGCAGCAGAUUAACGCUGCAAAGAAGUUAAGGAAUGCAUACACAGCUGAGGAGAAAAGAGCUGCAGCCUCCACUGUGACGCCUCCUUCUGCUUCAAUAUCAGCUCAGCAAGAAUCUGUGGUCAUCGCUCCUGUGCUCACCAAUAGCAACGCUGGAACAAUUAACAUAACCAUCAAUAAACCUUGAUCAAACACUUUUAACACGGUGGAAUGACAUGAUGAAAAUGCAUUAGAUUUUAAAGAAUUUCAUUGGUUUAUAUUUAUUUAAGGUUUAGCAAUGAUAUUUCUCCAAUGAUGUGACGACCUUUAUGUGUUGUAACUCGUAGAACCGGCUUACCUCUGAACUAUUUCAAAUACCAGUCAGUAAAAUGAAACACCAUUUUCUUAGAGCAAAGUAAUUUUUUUUUUUUAUGUUUCACAUUUCAAGUAAUGUUGUAGAAGAAUUAUCAAGAGUCUGGGAUGAGUAAAAGCAUAUAAGGUUUAUUACUGUUCACAUGGCAAUAAACGCUUUGAAUUUGAAUCAAGGUCUGUGACCCUGGACUGGAGGAUUAACUCCAGAAGAUUCUGGGUCAGAAUCUAUUGCUACAACUUCUGAAGUCUCAUAGAUCUUUUACAGGUCCAAUUUCCCUGGCCUCUGGUGGAGGACCUAGGCCUGAGAUUUCAACCUUUUCCAUAAUAACAGCUUGACAUGAAAGCAAAGUCUCUGGUUUUUUCCAAAUAUUGUGUUUUGAUCUUAAAUUCAAACAUCUAAAGUAGCAAAAACAUCAGUUUUACCCAAUUCUUCUCAGGUGUGUUGGUUUACUUGUAAUACUCCACAGUAGAGACUUUGAUUUAUUUCAAGAAAAUGUUUUAAUUAACAUUCAUGUUUCUUUUCUCUUUGAAUAACAGUGAAAGUGUGACAAACAAGAUAAACAGAGGUUUAACAGCUAUAUACGUGGUUAAGCCAUAAUUCAUUUUAUUUUUUACAACAAUGAUUUUCCUGCUGCAAC